GCAUUUCAAAAAAGAGAAAUUUCUAUACUGUAGAUUGUAGAUUUGUCAGGAAAUUCUUGAAGUUGUUAUUUGUGUACUCUGUAAAUGAUAAUCCUUGCGUGCUUUUCCCAACCAUAUCAAGUGUAAAAGAAUUCCCACUGGCCACCAGCUUUCCCAACCAUACAGUUCAGAGUUCUCUUUACAUUAGAAUCAAUCUUUUUCUGCUGAUACGUGGAGAUGGUGGAGUUGUUCUCACUUUUGGUCUGUGUCUUCCACUAGUAGCAACCAUCACUACAGCACUAUUACUGUGGGUAGCCACAAAACAGAAGUACUCCUAUUGUGAACCAUCCGCCAUGGAUUCUUCUGCUUUAGAAAUUUGAUAUUGUUAUAUUUUUAAGGACUUAGUCGUAAAUUACCUAAUAAUAAAACUGACCCUAAAUUUAUUAGACGUUACCUUCAACAUUCUUUUUACUAUUAAUUUGUGCUACUGAAACUCCCACUUUCACUUCCCUCACUUCUCCACUCUCUCUACCUCCAAAGAUGUCAUCAAUGGAGUCUCUCAUCCUCCAGCUCCACGAUAUCUCCGCCGUUAAAUUCGGCAACUUCAAACUCAAAUCCGGCAUCUCUUCCCCAAUUUACAUCGACCUCCGCCUCAUCAUCUCCUACCCUUCCCUCCUCCGCCACAUAUCCCAAAUCCUUAUCUCCUCCGUCUCUUCCUCCACCUCCUUUGAACUUAUCUGCGGCGUCCCCUACACCGCUCUCCCUAUCGCCACUUGCGUCUCCCUAUCUAAUAACAUCCCCAUGGUCAUGCGCCGCAAGGAGGUUAAAGACUAUGGUACUGCCAAGGCCAUUGAAGGCGUCUUCCACUCCGGCCAAACUUGCCUUAUUGUCGAGGAUCUCGUCACCAGCGGCACCUCCGUUCUCGAGACCGCCGCUCCGUUGCGUGCGGCGGGAUUGAAUGUUGCUGAUGCUGUCGUGUUGAUAGAUAGGGAACAAGGCGGGAGGGAGAAUUUGGAGGUGAAUGGGAUUAAGUUGCACGCGAUUAUUAAGUUGAGUGAGAUGGUUAGGGUUUUGAGGGAGAAAGGGAGGUUGGAUGAGGAAAUGGAAAGAAUGGUGAUGAAAUUUCUGGAGGAGAAUAGGAAUGUGGCGGCGCCAGCCAUGGAGAAAGUUAGGAUUAAAGCUUUGAAAUUUGAAGACAGAGCAAAGUUGGCGAAGAAUCCAACUGGGAAGAGAUUGUUUGAAUUGAUGGUCAAGAAGGAGAGUAAUUUGUGUUUGGCUGCUGAUGUUGGGACUGCUGCAGAGUUGCUCCACCUUGCUGAGAAGGUUGGACCAGAGAUUUGCAUGAUGAAAACCCAUGUAGACAUAUUACCUGAUUUUACCCCUGAUUUUGGUUCAAAGCUUCGCUUGAUUGCAGAUAAGUAUAAUUUCUUAAUUUUUGAAGAUCGCAAGUUUGCAGACAUUGGUAACACUGUAACAAUGCAGUAUGAAGGUGGCAUCUUCCAGAUUUUGGAUUGGGCUGAUAUUGUUAAUGCUCACAUUAUUUCUGGACCUGGAAUUGUGGAUGGAUUGAAAUUGAAGGGUCUGCCUCAUGGUAGGGGCCUGUUGCUGCUUGCAGAAAUGAGUUCCGCGGGUAACUUUGCCACAGGAGAGUACACCACUGCAGCAGUCAAAAUUGGUGAAGAACAUUCAGAUUUUGUCAUUGGCUUCAUCUCAGUUAAUCCAGCAUCAUGGCCAGGGGCACCAAUUAAUCCAGCAUUUAUUCAGGCAACCCCAGGAGUUCAGAAGGUGACUGGGGGAGAUGCCCUUGGCCAGCAAUAUAACACUCCAUAUUCUGCGAUCUAUGAUAGGGGAAGUGACAUCAUCAUUGUUGGCCGUGGGAUUAUAAAGGCAGCAGAUCCUGCAGAAGCAGCCCGUGAAUAUCGUCUCCAAGGAUGGGAUGCAUACUUGGCUAAAUGCACUUGAAGCUGCAUUUGGGUCUGCCUCCCUCUGUUUUUUAACGCUUAAAAUGGUUUUGUUUGUUAACAGAUGAGCCAAAUUUAGUUUAAUUUUCAAGGGCAUAACCUUGGUAUAGCACACAAACUUGAUAAAAGCUUUUGAGCAUCCUAUGUAACUGCUCUUUUUUGGUUUUUGAUAUAGAGAUAGGAGGCGGAGUGCAUGGUUGUUUGUGAACAUCUUGAAGUCUAAGCUUUCUAACUUCUCAUUGAACACCAAAUACAAAGGAGAAACAGCUGAAAAUAAAUUUAUAAAGGUUGGUUUUUAAUCGUUCAUUUUUUAUUUUA